UACCGCAGCUCACCGGACAACAUUUCAUCGUCGAUCAUCAACCGCAUCAGCAUCCAUCCAUCCAUCCAUCCGCCGCGCUCGAAGCUCGAUUAUCGCAACUCGCCGCGACGUGAUCAUCGGACAUCAGACUGAUCGCCGGAAUUAAUGGCAUCAGCCUUGGCAUCGCCGACCUCGCCGUCGUUCCUCCCGGCUCACCUCCUGCGGCCCCACGCCGCGUCGUCGUCUUCCGGCCUGCAGCUCGCCGGCGCAAAAGUGUUGGUGAGGGACGCUCCGCCCGAGACAGGCGGAGGCCCGCACCACAAUGCCAUCCUCCUCCGACAGCCGCCGGUGAUGCUGGCGGCGGCGGCGGGCAUUCCGGAGCAAGGCAGUGGCCCACACCACAACGCGGUCCCGCAGUGGAAGCCCAGGGGAGGAGGAGAACUCCGACUGCCCGCGUCGCCGCCGGUGAUCUUGGCGGCGGCGGGCACCACUCCGGAGAGAGGCAACGGCUCCAAGACCAACGCCGUCCUCAGGCGGCCCACGCCGCCCGGUGGCGCCGGACCUAGAGAAGGCCGCGGCGGACGCGGCGGCGUGAUCCACGCCGUCGCCGACUCCGCGCCGCAGAGGCCAGGCUCGCCGGCGGAGGGCGCCGGCGGCAAUGGUGGAGCUGUCCAUGCCGCUCCUGCUGCUGCUGCUGCUGCCGCCUCUUCUUGAGCACAAAACUAAUGAAAAACGCACAAAAUUAAAUCAAAUUAAAUUAAGAUGUGAUUACAAAGAUUCGUAAUUUUGUAAGAUUUUGUAGCUAGAUUACUGUAUGUGAUGUAGUAGUACGUGUACAUGUACAUGUGUGAGUUGAGGUUCAGAUAAAAAUGUCUGAAUUUCAAAUUAUGUGAAUAAAAUCAAGCAGAUUAUCAAAAGUUG